UAGAUGCGCGUAGGAAUUAGGAAAACAAGGAAUGUACGUAAAACAAAAAGGUUGUCGUUGACGAGAUACAGCUCUAGAAGUUUAGAAGCGAAUGAGAUUUUCAUUUCAUAGCUUCGUUUCAUAAAUUCUGCGACUUCCACUUCCAUGGACCAAACUCGCAAGCAUCAGGUAUCAUUGAGGGGAGCGAGUGUGAAGGAGAUUACAAGGGAUGCUCUUCUUGAGAAGGUAUCUCAGGAAAGAGAGCUACGCAAUUAUGCCAGACGAGCUACCGCUGCUGCUCUCUUUAUUCAGAGAGUCUGGAGGCGCUACAAGGUUACAAAGGUGGUUGCUUUGCAGCUUCAAGAAGAAUGGGAGAUUUUGUUGAAUCAUAAUGCUGGUGUGAUGACAGGAACAUGGAUUUCAAAUGCUGUGCUGAGACCUUUUCUUUUUUUUACUGCAUGUUUGUCAGUCCAGCGUCAGAAGAUCCAAGUCAGAGAUAUAGAUUGUAUGCAAAAAUGCUUUAGAAUUCUGUUGGAAAGCUUGAACUCAACUGAUAUAAAGGAAAACUUUUGCUCCUUGGCCACCAGUACCCUUGAAGAGAGAAGAGUAUGGGCUUUUCAAACACAGAAGCUGAUUUCUCUCUGCCUAUUUAUUCUUUCAGAGUUUAAUAAAUCCCACACAGGGGGUCAAGAUAUCAUUGUUCUUACCUCCUUAGCAAUGCGUCUGGUUGUUUUCCUUACUGAUCUGAAAGGGUGGAAAAGCAUUACUGCUGAUAAUCGUCAGGAUGCGGAUAUAGCAGUGAAGGAUUUAAUUUGUUUUAUGGGGAGUAGUAAAAGUGGUAUUUACAUAUCUAUUAGAAGAUAUAUUAAUACAUUGGACGUUUCUUUUUCUUCACAAAUAAACAAUAUUGCCCAGACAGAUGAUAAAAUUUUGAUCACUGCAAGUGCAAUAACUUUAGCUCUACGCCCUUUUCACAUGACAAACUCAGAUACAGAUGGCCGAGUCAUGUUGGAUGUACAUAAUGCUGCUGAGCAGUACUGUGUGUUUCUAGUUACAAUUCCUUGGCUUGUUCAACGUCUGCCAGCUGUUCUUGUACCUGCUCUAAAGCACAAGUCUAUUUUGUCACCAUGCUUCCUGACUAUACUGAUCUUGAAAGAGAAAAUUUUAACUGAGAUGUCGGAGAUGGAUCAGUCAGAAAUUCAUUCUUCUUCCAAGGUCAUUCCACCGGUUGGUUGGGCUCUUUCAAACAUUAUAUGCCUAGCAACAAGGAGUGAGAAUGAUUCUGUGGAUCCUGGCAGGUUUAUUCAAGGUUUAGACUAUGCAUCAUACGUCCACGUUGUUAUCACUCUUGCAGAAAACUUCCUGGGUUGGCUUGAGAAUGUAGAAUGGAUGAGGAAGGAGAAGCAGGAUGACCUAAUUGAUGUAUCCGCAGAGCCCAUUGAUACAAUUUUGCACGAAACUGAGAGGAUGCAUGGUUCCUUAAAGAUGUCAUAUAUGGAUAUGUUCAGGCCUAUAUGUCAGCAGUGGCAUCUUAAAAGUCUUCUGGCAAUCAUAGACACGGAUUCCCAUACUCAGAGUGCUGAGACUGUGCCACCAAACAAUAUAGAAUGCUUGAGGAAGUUUGAACUGCUUGAUAUUGCAUAUUUUUACUCAUACAUGCUUAGAAUAUUUACAGUCUUUAAUCCCACAUUUGGCUCGUUGCCCGUUCUUAACAUGCUAUCUUUUACUCCUGGAUUUCUUGUAAAUCUGUGGGGAAAUUUGGAAAGUAUUCUUUUUCCUGUAAGCAAUUGCAUUACUGAAAAUAAUCAUUAUCUUUACGCUGGUAAGAGUUCAGGAAAAGAAAAAGGUGGAGUUUUUGUGAAAAAGCAAAAGGGUGCCAAUAAGGAUGGUGCUAAUAAGUGGGUCAAUGUACUAAAUAAAUUUACUGGUAAGUCACAAGCAGACGAUGAUUGUAGAGAUUUAAUUGAUGGUCUUCCUAGUACUAGCCCAGUUAAUGAGGACUCUUGUGAUGUAUGGGACAUAGAACCUUUAAGGUGCGGUCCACAAGGUAUUUCAAAAGAUAUGACAUGUCUGCUUCAUCUCUUCUGUGCCACGUAUUCUCACCUGCUGCUAAUUCUCGAUGACAUUGAGUUCUAUGAAAAACAGGUUCCAUUCACUCUGGAGCAGCAACAAAGAAUUGCUUCAGUGCUCAAUACACUAGUGUAUAAUGGCUUGUCUAAUGCAAUUGGUCAGCAGACUAGACCUCUUAUGGAAUCUGCAAUCAGAUGCUUGCACUUAAUGUAUGAAAGAGACUGCAGGCACCAGUUUUGCCCCCCAGUUUUGUGGCUUUCACCUGCUACAAAAAACCGGCCUCCAAUUGCAGUAGCUGCCAGAACUCAUGAAGUUUUUUCAGCUAAUUUAAGAGCAGAUGAUGCUUUGACUGGUCGUAGCAUGGGUUCUAUUAUCACUACUACUCCACAUGUAUUUCCUUUUGAAGAAAGAGUUGAGAUGUUUAGAGAGUUCAUCAAGAUGGAUAAAGCCUCCCGGAAAAUGGCUGGUGAAGUUUCUGGACCUGGUUCACAAUCGGUUGAGAUAGUAGUUCGUCGGGAUCGUAUUGUUGAAGACGGAUUUCAGCAAUUAAAUUCCCUGGGGUCAAGGUUGAAGUCAUCCAUCCAUGUUUCAUUUGUUAGUGAAUGUGGCCUCCCGGAGGCUGGUCUGGACUAUGGUGGAUUGUCUAAGGAGUUUUUAACUGAUAUAUCAAAAGCAGCCUUUUCCCCUGAGUAUGGUCUAUUCUCCCAAACCUCAACUUCAGACAGACUUUUAAUUCCUAAUGCAUCUGCAAGAUAUCUAGAGAAUGGUAUCCAGUUGAUUGAGUUCCUUGGAAGAGUUGUUGGUAAAGCUCUUUAUGAAGGAAUUUUACUAGAUUACUCUUUUUCACAUGUUUUUGUACAAAAGCUGCUGGGCCGAUAUAGCUUUCUUGAUGAACUAUCAACACUUGAUCCAGAGCUCUACAGAAGUCUCAUUUAUGUGAAGCAUUAUGAUGGUGAUGUCAAGGAACUUGCCCUAGAUUUCACAGUUACCGAAGAAUCAUUUGGCCAACGGCAUGUUAUAGAGCUUAAAGCUGGUGGCAAGGAUGCCUCUGUGACAAAUGAGAACAAGAUGCAGUAUGUUCAUGCAAUUGCAGAUUAUAAACUUAACCGACAGAUAUUGCCCUUUUCAAAUGCAUUCUAUAGAGGGUUGAUUGAUCUUAUAUCACCAUCUUGGUUGAAGUUAUUUAAUGCAAGUGAAUUCAAUCAGUUGCUUUCAGGUGGAAACCAUGAUAUUGACGUUGAUGAUUUAAGAAAUAACACACGAUACUCUGGUGGUUACUCUCAGGGAAGCCGGACAAUUAAAAUCUUUUGGGAGGUUAUUCGAGAAUUUGAACCAAAGGAACGUUGUAUGCUUCUUAAAUUUGUGACCAGUUGUUCUCGAGCUCCCUUACUUGGGUUCAAACACUUACAGCCAACCUUUACUAUCCAUAAGGUUGCAUGUGAUGUCCCUCUUUGGGCAACAAUUGGAGGCCAGGAUGUGGACCGGCUUCCAUCAGCUUCGACCUGCUACAAUACCCUCAAGCUUCCAACAUACAAACGUCCAAGCACUUUAAGAGCAAAACUUCUCUAUGCAAUCAGUUCCAAUGCAGGAUUUGAACUUUCUUAGGGAUCUGAUUCAGUAGAAUCAGUACUGCAAGCCCCUUGAACAUGUAGAACAGAUUCAUUGGCUCAUCAGCAACACUGAUGAAUUGUGAUCUGCCCUUCUGACAGUAUGAAGAAUCCCAAUGAUACCUUUGUAAGAUCAGAACAAACCUAGGAUCUUCAACCGGGGUCUGAGAAUAUUUUGAAGGCCAAGGAACCUUAAGGCCCACAAUAUGCAAGUCACAUGGUAAGGGAGCAGCUAAAGGAGAGAAGGAUCUUGGGAGUGGCUGCAUUGAUAAGUCCUGUGCCUUCUUUGCAAUGAAUGCAUGUAAUGGAUAGUUCAAAUGAGCACCAACACGAUGAGAAAGAAGAGAGGGGCUCAAGGGAAAAGGAUUGGAAACCGAGCUUAGAGUGGUGGAAAUGUUGGAUUCCACAAGGAUGUGGAAGACUACAUUCAUAGGACGAUUAUCCAUCACUCCUUGCCCAAUUGUCUCUUACCAAUUGGCAGUCAAGCAUAAUCUCUAACCAUCCCUCUUUAUUUCAAUAACUUAACUGGAUUGUGUUGGUCUUUUUUUUUCUUUUUUUUAUUCUGCCAGCAACAUGGCGGUGGAGUGAGAGACAGAAGCAUGCAGUGGAGGAAU